UAUAUUACGAGUCCCUCAUAAAAUGUUUUAAUUGAUAGUUGGUUUCAUAAUGUAAAACGAUGUUUUUAAAGGGAUUGGUGGAAAAAGGAAACGCAGUGAACAUAAAUGUCCUUAGUCACUGCACAUUUUGGGAGCGCAUUUGGAGAAAGGAGGAGGAGAUGCGGUUAGGGAGUAGGCUAAUCCAACCACCGGGUAAAAAAGGGCAGUUUUAGAUGGCUCAUAUUCCGCUGUUACUGUAUUGCACCGUGACACCAGCUUUGAGCAGCGACGGAGCACCAAACCAGGCGCACCCACAGCAUCUGUACCAACAUUGCUUCAGGGGCACUUCUUCUUUCUGCAAGACUGGAUGGAAGAAAGCGCACGGCCAGUGGGAAAAUACUCUCAGCCGCACACAUUUACAGGGAAUCGAUUAUGUGAUGACCGUGAGAUUCCACAAGUAAAAUGCGCAACUCUUCGGAUUGUCCUAUUUUUUUUCUUACUUUCUUUUUUUUCUGCCCAGUUGUGUUUCCUUAUUCAUUGUGCGCCCUAUGAAGAGCAUUAACUAUCCCACCCUCCAAUCCUAUUGAAAAGGCUCCGAAAAAAACAGAGGGAGAUGAGAGCAGCAAAUCCCUUUUUUAUUCCCCUCGUAGCGCUCAAUAAGAGAAGAAUGUGUUGCCUAUCAGUCACCGAGGGGAUCAAGUCUUCGGGACUGUCCCACGCGUUCAAUGCGCCGUGCAGAGCAUCACUGAGAGAGACAGAGUGAAGAGGACUGCAGCAGCAGCAGCAUCCUGCCUGGACACUUCACAUCAUUUAGCAACCUGUCUCCACUCAAGAUCCAUUUAAGUCAAUUAGGGCGGUCUGCUUCUCUCACCAUCAAAGUCCUCUUACCGGACUGCGGCGUGACGCGAUGAGGAGUCUGGCGCUGCUGUUAGGGGUGAAAGCCGCCUGCAUCUUGCUGGUGUCUUCGCUCUCAGGCACAGGGGCCGUCAACAACAGCGGCCGGUGGUGGGGAAUUGUCAAUGUGGCCUCCUCAUCCAACCUCCUCACCAAUUCCAAAAAUGUGCAGUUGGUCCUGGACCCAAGCCUGGCCCUACUGAGUCGUCGCCAGCGCCGGCUGAUUCGGCAGAAUCCUGGCAUCUUGCACGCCAUUGCCGCUGGACUGCACACUGCCAUAAAGGAGUGCAAGUGGCAGUUCCGCAACCGCCGCUGGAACUGCCCGACCACCCACAGCCCAGCCGUUUUUGGGAAAAUUGUCAAUCGUGGUUGCCGAGAGACAGCAUUUGUAUUUGCCAUUACCAGCGCAGGGGUGACCCACGCUGUGGCUCGCUCCUGUUCAGAAGGGGCCAUUGAGUCGUGCACAUGCGAUUACCGCCGCAGAGGUCCUGGAGGGCCAGACUGGCACUGGGGGGGCUGCAGUGACAAUGUAGACUUUGGCCGGAUGUUCAGCCGUGAGUUUGUGGACUCCAGCGAGAGGGGCAGAGAUCUGCGCUACCUCACCAACCUACACAACAAUGAGGCUGGCAGAAUGACUGUGUCAUCAGAGAUGCGUCAAGAGUGUAAGUGCCAUGGCAUGUCAGGCUCCUGCACCGUGCGCACCUGUUGGAUGCGCCUGCCCAGCUUCCGCACAGUGGGAGACUUCCUCAAGGACCGUUUUGAUGGUGCAUCCAGAGUUGUUUAUGCCAACAAGGGAAGCAACCGUGCCUCUCACAGAGCAGACCCCCGACAUCUGGAGCCUGAAAACCCGGGUCACAAACCCCCAUCUGCCAUGGACCUGGUCUAUUUUGAGAAAUCACCAAACUUCUGCUCUUACAAUGGCAAAACAGGCACUUUGGGAACUUCUGGCAGAACAUGCAACAGCUCUUCCCCGGGCCUGGACGGAUGUGAGCUGCUCUGCUGUGGACGUGGGUUUAAGACCUGGACUGAGAGCGUGACUGAACGUUGCCACUGCACCUUCCACUGGUGCUGUCAUGUCAGCUGCUUGAACUGCACCAGUACACGAACAUUACACCAGUGUCUAUGAUCACAGGUGGAUACCAAGUGAAUAUUUAGGCAUAUAUGAAAGACAAAUAACUUCUUAGCAGAACAGGUAGUUGGCUCAGAAAGCCCAUAGCACACAGGUGGUUUGAGAUAUUAGGUAGAAGCUAGAAAAGCUUCAAGUGAUACAGGGAACUCUCUGGCACAAAGAGAAAAAUCAGUCAGUGUUUUUGAAAAUAGAAAAUGGAGAAAAGCACAAAUAUAUGAACAGGGUAUAGAGGGAGUAUACUGUAUGUGCUUGCUUCUUGCUGUAUUGCUCAAAAGUAAUACAAUGGGUAUUUAAACACUACAACCAUCCACGUAGAAUGAAAUCAUUCUACAUUGAUGUUCACUGUGGAUAAAUAGAAUUAGAAGAGACGAAAAUGAUGUGAGGGAGAAUCGAUUGCUGUAAACAGGUAAUACUAGAGCCUUCCUCUCCCCCACUGAGGGCAAAGACUGGACACAAUGUUUCACAGAUGUUUCUGUGGCCAGAGAGCCACAAACAUGUGCUCCCAUAAACUGGUGAAGACCUCAAACAAGAAGGAGUUAUUUAAAAAAAAAACUAUGUUUUGUUUUCUUUUGCUGAAGUUUGGCUUCUCUCACAUGAAACUGUGUUAAGUUUAUCUCCAGGGAUGGGCAGUCUGUUCCCAACUUGUGUACUUAGGCCCUGGAUGCAGCCCAACCACUUAUAAUUUCCUCACCACAUUUGCCCUUCUUAUUUAGAUUUCUCUGGAGUUGAAUACACCUCAACCCUGAUUUGCCACUCUGACUUACCACAGGAUGGUCCUGAUGUUACAUGACUGGGGCCGGUGGCUGCCAAGGAAAAUGGAAACUGAGUGAACAAAUCUUAUUGAGGCAAUGUAAUUUGAAUGUAUUAUCAAUACACUGAAUAUCAUAGCAUGAAUUAAUGUAGUUUGGCAAAUCUGAUGGGGUCAGUUAAAACCUGCAGAAUCCCACCAUGCUCUCAAAAUGAAAACUAAUGCUAUUCGGAGACAUACAUUGAGGAAACAAAAAGACACAAAGUUCCUGUUAAUACAUGAGUGUAGCAUCAAACUUGGUCCAGGUUUAAAGUAGGCUUCUGUGUAUUAUUUCAUGCUCGGCUGGAAAAAGCAGAUAAUCAUUUUAUUUUAAAGAAAACAGCCUCUGCAGAAGAGAUCAUUCUGUGCAUCAGCUAUGAGAACCAAAAUGCUGUAAAUACUAAAAUGUAUGAAUAUAUUUAUAAUGACGUCAUUUGUGAGUUUGCUGAAUGAUCUAUGCACCUGUCAGUGGCUGGAGAAUAUGCCAUCAUUAGUGUAAAGUCAGGAGAUGUUUUGGUCUUAUUCUUAUUCUGGUCUUUUUUUUUGUGUAAUGUAGCUGACACAAAACCAACUCUUACUAGAAACAGAACAUUAUCAUGUAUUUGAUUGUUUCCUGUAAAAACACUUGUGUUCAUGCACUGAAUAUUUACCUUUUUGUAUUAGUGUAAAUACAAAAUAUUUAUUUCUGAGGAUUUUUAUACUGUUAUAGAGAAAUGUAAGAAAAGACUUUUUUGUAGAUUUUAAUCAACAGAUUUAGGCUCCAGUUGGUUUUGUAUUGUAUGAUAGAACAAUAAAGUCUAUAUUUU